AUGAAAAGGUCAGAUGCUCAUUACACUAGGAAAGCUUUAAAAUCAGCAUGUGACAUAAAACAUAAACUACAAAUUUCAAAUGAUGUUUCAUCGAUCACUGAUAUAACUAUUGAUUUCUUGGAGGAAAUCUGCCGAAAAUUAAAUUCAUUUUCCGUUUCCACCGAUAAACCAUUAUCUGAACGCUUCGAAGCAAUUAUUCGUUGGUUGUCUGCUUGUCUCAAUUUUCCCCUUGAUCAUAUUUCCUUGCAUUCCCUUCUUAAUCAUGAUCCGCUUAAUGUUCACAAUUUGCUUGAACUACUAAAUCUGUGUAUUGAUGUAAAUGAAGACUCUUUGGAAUGUAAACCGCUUGAGCUUAUUUCCGAUCGAUCUGAAGCAGGGAGCUCAAAUAGUUCAAUUUCGAAGGAAAAUAUUACCGCGAAUUUGGAGGAAAGUCGGUUGAAAUAUCUUCAAUGCAAGUUGGCAGAAAUUUUACCAGAAGAAUUUCCUGUUGAAAAUCUUCCAAAACCGAUUGAGUUGUUUUUAACGUCGCCAGAAACAGAAUCAAUUCCCCAUGUUAAAUUUGCUGACGAAAAUGAUAUUAUUCCACCUUCUGUAUCAGUCACACCCCGCCGACCUACUAACUCACUUCUCAUACCUAUUUCCAGACCUCUCUCUCGAGGCACAAGUGAAAAUUCCACUCGCUAUGUUAAGUUUUCAGGUGAUAGUAACCGUCAAAAGCGACGUUCCAAUUGUACCCCAUAUGCUAAAUCAGGAAAUUCAGAAGCCGACAUUAUUUUUAAUGAACUUUUGAAGCAGUUGAAUGUGCUGAAUUUAUCUCAAGACACUCAUAAUUACAUUAAAGUCCGAUUACGUAUGGAGUCGUAUAUGAAAGGAGGGAACCCCUCGAAAAUAACUCUGAACUCCGCUGAUAUUAGAUUAAUUGAAGUUACUGAACGCCAACAAAAACUUGUUGAAUUAGCUGAGAGGUCUCAGGAAGAGCUGUCUCGACUACAGGCUUUGCGAAAUUCCAAGGCUAUUGAAAAUCUCGUUCUUGCCGAACUACGUCAGAAGAGGCGGCAAGUGGUUUCCAAUAGAUACCUGAAUAUUCGUCAUGCAGAACACCUAAGGGCAUAUGAAAACGCGAAAAAAAUAGAGGAGGAGCGGAUUAUUCGAAAAGCUUUCGACGCUGCAUUGGAGAAAGCUCGAAAAAAUAGAAUUGAGGAGAAGAAUUUGAUGCGAGAAGUUUUCCAAAAGAAGGUCGAACUUCAGCACACUCUGAUCACUAAUUUCGAAAAUCGGUAUGAGCAACGUGUUCAGCUUCUCAAAGAUGAGAAGGCUAAAAGGCAAGAGGAGGCUGAAUUGUUCGCAAAAUCUAAUAGAAUGGAAAACUUGGAGGAGAAAAUGGCGCUUCGGAAACAACUUACUCAACAGAUAAAGGAGUUGGAAGAUGCUCUCCUUAAUCAGAUAAAAUCUUAA